AUGGCUGCCCUAGAUGUCAUCAUAAUCGGGGGAGGGCUUGCUGGAAGUUGCCUGGCCAAUGGAAUCAUCAACAAAGCGAAGGAUCCUGUGAAUGUCACUAUCUAUGAAAGGGAUGAGCGAGAUUCUGGUCGUGACGGCUACCAGAUUCGCCUGGGCUCAUAUGCGCUUAUCGGACUUCGAGCAUGCCUGACGCAAUGCCAAUAUACGAAUCUACUUCUCUGCUUUGGUCGAUCCGGAGGCGUUGUAUCUUCUGCACCAGCCAUUUUUGACCCCGACAUGAAGCUCGUGUUGGACCUCAGCAAAUUUCCAGUGUACCAGAAGUCGGCACCGAUCGGACGGGCUCGCCUGCGCAAUCUAUUACAGGAACCACUCCUGAAGCAGAACGUCAUACGCCACAGCAAGACCUUCUUGAAGUACGAAGUCAUCAAGCCCGAAGGUGUCCCCAACAGCAAGAUCAGGGUCUAUUUCUCCGAUGGCGCGAAUGCAGAUUGUGACAUUCUGAUCUCGGCCGAAGGUAGUGGAAGUCGAAUCAACAAACAACUCGGAUGCAACAACAUAGUCGAUCCCCCGAAGACGGACAGCGGUGGCGUCCUAGGGAAAUGUCACGUCUCACGGUCUGUCCUCCGCGAUCUUCCGCGUGGACUGGUGGAAAAAGGCACGAUAUACACCGCCGGCCAAGGAUGCAAACUAUUUGCCGCACUCUACCUUCCCGACAGCAUGACUUCGCGGCAGGAGAAGGCUUCAAGUCAGCCAGCUGUAGAUAAGGGAGAACCAAGCCACUAUGACGAGGCAGAGGCAUCACUCAUGGUGGCCUUUGGUUGGGAUGGAGGCCUUUCUCCGCGCGAGGUUGUCAAACUAGCCGAUCCAAAAGGUUACAUGCGGCAGCAGAUGGCAGAAGCCAAAUGGCACCCUGAACUUAUGAAACUCAUAGAUGCCAUGGCGCCCGAAGCGCUUCAGGCCGUUUCCUCACGGCAAGCAAAGGACACGCCUGUGGAUUGGCGGCGGCGGACGCGGGCAGACAAGGUAGAUUUGCCGAAUCCUGAAAUCGCGCAUCCACGGGUUUGGCUUAUGGGUGAUUCAUUCCACCCAAUGCUCCCGACACGAGGCAUGGGUGCCAACAAUGCCCUACGCGAUACAGCGGACAUUCUGGAUCCUCUCCUCGAACUAGCGCGGCAUAAAAAGGCACGUGGCCUGGUAACAGACGAGGAAGCGCGCACUCAGCUGGCCAUAUAUGAGAAAGCCAUGAUUCCUCGAGCUAUGGCUUGGGUCAAGACGAGUGCUCAACAAACUUUGCCAGACCUCGAUACCACUCGAGGCAAAAUAAUUGUUCUUGGUGUUCGCCUACUGCUGGUAGUGGUAGGUGCAGUUUUGCAGGUCGCUCGAAGGUUGGGUUGGGAGCCUCAUGAUGAGGCUCCUGAACUUCCUUAG